UUGAUUUAAAAUUUUAAUGUAACAAUAAUUACUACUUUAAUAUGUUUCAUUAUCAUUAAUACUUUACAUAAAUCAAUAUCUUAAAGCUAUAUCUUCGCCGUCAUAUCUCUAGUUCUGAAAAACUUCCGUUUUUCCCAUUAAUAUACCAAGUAGCAAAAAUUGUGGAUAUUGGCGAUGCUGGCACUUAACUCAACAUCAAUCUUUGUGCACCCACAAAACCCAAAACCCUUUUCUUUUAGUAGGGUUUCAAGCUUCAUUAUCAGAGCAUUUUCCAAAUUCCCCGGAGACUCAGAUUCCGACGACUCACCGGAUGAAAUUCAAAGCCGGAGGUCUAAUUACUCCGGCGUCAAGCUCGAAGAAACAGUAGAUAUCAAAACUGGAAAGCUGAGACUUGAUUCUUGGGUCAGUUCUCGUAUCGACGGUAUUAGCAGAGCUCGUGUACAAUCCAGCAUUCGCUCUGGCCUUGUUUCUGUCAAUGGUCGUGUCACUGAUAAGGUUUCACAUACGGUAAAAGGUGGGGAUAAGGUUAAUUGUACAAUAGCUGAUUUGAAGCCUUUAAGAGCUGAACCAGAGGAUAUACCAUUGGAUAUAGUGUAUGAAGAUGAUCAUGUGCUUGUUGUUAACAAGCCUGCUCACAUGGUAGUCCAUCCUGCGCCAGGAAAUGUUACUGGAACGCUUGUAAGUGGAAUCCUUCAUCACUGCAGUCUUCCCACCAUUUCAUUUCCGGGUGAAGAAGUGCUUUCUGAUGUGGAGGAUGCUUCUGGUGAUGAGUUGAACAUGUUUUCUGCCGAUCAAAGUCCUAAUGGUGUUGACGCUUCUCGUAUGUAUGAGCCAUCUAUUCGUCCAGGAAUCGUGCAUAGGUUAGACAAAGGAACCAGCGGCUUGCUUGUUGUUGCAAAGACUGAGCAAUCUCUUGCCAAUCUAGCUGAGCAGUUUAAGAAACAUACCAUAAAAAGAGUCUAUGUCAGCAUUACUUGUGGGGUACCUACAUCAGUUUCAGGACGUAUUGAUAUCCCAAUUGGCCGUGAUUCAAAUAACCGCAUACGUAUGGUUGCUAUUCCUGGAUCACAUAAAGGUGGAAGAGCCCGUAAUGCUGCCAGUAGGUAUAAAGUAAUUGAAAAACUUGCUGGGGGUGGCUCCGCAUUGGUUGAAUGGAGGUUAGAAACUGGGCGCACUCACCAGAUACGUGCUCAUGCAAAGUACCUAGGUAUACCUCUUUUGGGUGAUGAGGUGUAUGGAGGUACUAAGAACAUGGCCCUUUCGCUUCUCCAGCCUAAAACACCUCCAAGGUCUCAUGGGAAUCUUUCACAGUUGAUUUCUGGAAUUGAAAGACCUUGCCUCCACGCUUUAACCCUUGGAUUUAGGCAUCCAUACACAGGCGAGAAUAUACACUUCACUCGGUUGCCUCCUGCUGAUUUUGCUGAGGUUUUAACCGAGCUUCGUGCCAUUAGCACUGAGAAGGUCUUAUGAGUCUUAACUAUUUCUGGUUUAGUAAUUUGAUAGCAUCGCCAGAUAAAAGAGCAAAUUGUCUUUGGUGUUAAUCAACCAAAUGUUCUGGCUGCUCAACCACAGUUUUGAUAAUGUAAUAUAUAGCUUUCAUGAGUUUAUUCUUUUUCUGGCUAUAGCUGGAGAAGAGAGGAUUUUGAACCCAGCCUACAGGAUCUCAUGCUUAAGGUCAUUUCACAUGCUGUUCUGUAAUUAAAUUACUGGAUUGUUCAUGUCUCGUCACACCAAUAUUGAUUACACUUUUUUCCAAAAUUACUGUCUUGUUUUAUUGUUUCCAAA